AUGAGACUUCCAGUAGCUUUACUCUUUCUUGGAACGGCCUGGGGCGCUCAACACCAUCACCAACGAGACACUUCAGACAAUGGCAUCAAUCUCGGUGCAAUCUCGAGCGCACUACAGCAUAUGAUGGGCAACACCACAGCCACGGCGAACUUUGCCAAUAUCUCGCCGCCACCCAAGUCCCUCAUUCCCGAGAUUUUGUCGGUCGUGCCCGUCUCCGUCAUCUGGGAACUCAUCAACCCUCCAGAGCGCAGCUCCCUCGCCAGCCAAUUCAAGGCGGGUACUACUCCCGCCUGGUACAGCGCCCUCCCCUCAGACGUGAAGGACUACAUGUCCGUGGUCAAGUCGCAGAUAUCUGCGGGGGCCUUGACGGCCACAGCGUCUGAAAGCAAGCCCACUGCGGCAAAGAUGGGGGCUGCAGCGACAGCUACUGCGGGCGAUGGCAAUUCUGGGUCAGCAAGCUCGACUUCGUCUCAAGGUGCGGCUGCCCAGCCGACGGGGCUGACCGUGUCGGCAUUGGGGGCGCUGGGAGUGCUUGGACUCGCACUAGCUCUGUGA